AUGUUCCUUGCCGCCGUUGGCCAUCCUCGCUUCGAUAAAGCCCGCGUCACGUCGUUGGUCAAUGUCAAUGGAACUGUGUACCGUGACUUUGUGUUGAACAAAGUUGUCCCCGCGAUCAAGGCGGGAUUCCCAAGUGCGAACAAGCAUGUCUUGCUCCAGCAUGACAUCGCGACGCCACAUGCGAGCGUGACGGAUGCAGACCUGGCGAGUGUGUAUACCAACGACUGGACGUUUGCGAUGCGUCGGCAGCCACCUAACAGUCCGGAUUUUAAUGUACUGGAUCUUAGCUUUUUUGCCUCGAUCCAGUCGCUACAGUACAAGAAGAUAAGUCGGACGGUGAACGACGUGGUCCGUCACACCAUGGAUGCAUUGAGCGAACUGAACUACGAGAAGCUGGCCGACGUGUUCCUGACCUAUCAGCUUGUGAUGCGGUUGGUCAUUGAACACGAUGGCGACAACAAGUUUGCGUUGCCGCACCUCAAGAAAGCAGCCUUGAGGCGCGCUGGACUUCUCAUGUCGAAUGUUACUUGCCCUUGUGUCGCUGCUUUCGUAGGCUAG